AUGUCUUCUGAACAAAUUUUAAAUGAAUUGAAAGCCACUAAGUUUGGUUUAGGUUUACUCAGUUUCACUGCAAGACCUGAUCCAUAUCCUCAAUCAGCUUUAAAUGAAACCCUUUUGGCCACUAUCAAGAAGAAUUUACCGAACAAGACUUUUAUCAAUGGUGGUGAAUUUUAUGGUCCAAAUGAUAUCAAUGUGAAAUAUGUCAAGUCAUUUAUCGAUUCAUACCCUGACCAACGCCAACAUUUGAUCAUUUCAAUCAAAGGUGCAACAGAUAUUGCUACUUUUACUCCCCAUGGAACCAAAGAAGGUAUUCAAAAAUCUAUCGACAAUAUCACCAGUUAUAUCCCUGAUUUGGACCUCUUUGAAGCAGCUAGACUUGAUCCUACAGUUCCAGUUGAAGUGACCAUUGCUGCCAUUAAUGAUAACGUUGAUAGUGGUAAGAUCAAAGGAAUUAGUGUCUCAGAAGUGAACGCAAAUACUUUAAGAAAGCUCGCUAAAAUCUCAAAACAUAAGAUUGUUUGUGCUGAGCUUGAAUUUUCAAUUUUUUCAAGAGACAUUUUAACCAAUGGAUUGGCUCAAGCUGCUGGUGAAUUGGAUAUUCCAAUCAUUGCUUAUAGUCCAUUAUCAAGAGGUUUAUUGUCUUGUUCUAUUAAAAGUACAUCAGAUCUAUUUGAAAAUGAUUUCCGUAAAACUUUUGAUAGAUUCACUGAUGAGAAUUUGAAGAAGAAUGCUCCAAUUAUUGAGUUUGUUGAAAAAGCUGCUGCAAAGAAAAACAUCACCCCUGCUCAAUACUCAUUGGCUUGGGUCAGAUAUUGGAGUGAAAAAACAAUUGAUGGUAUUAAGUUCCCAAAAAUCAUUGAUAUUCCAAGUACUUCAAGUGUCAAAAGAGUUGAAGAAAACUUUUCAGAUAUUGUUUUGACUCAAGACGAGUUUGAUGAAGCUAAUAAUUUCCUCAAAGGUGUUACUGUUCAUGGAUUAAGAUACAAUGCUCAUGCUGAGAAAUUGUUGUCCCAAUAA